AUGAAUGCUUUUCGAGCUUGUUCAUUGUUGUUACCAUCAAGUACAUUUCGUUUGGUGAGAAAAAAUUUAGUAUCAAAUAGUAACACAAGUACUCUUCGAUCCAUAGCAGAUCGUUUCGGUGUUAAACAUCGUAGUCGACGUUUUUUGAGAAAUUAUAUUAUAGCGAAUGGAUUGUUAUUUGGUGGUGGUAGUCUUUAUUAUUUUUAUUAUCUUACACCAAAAGAAAGACGUCAAAUAAGAGUUGUAUUUGAAGGUUUACAACGUGGAUUUCGAUCAUUUCAAAUCGGUUUUCUUAUUACAGUUGAUUAUAAAUAUCAUUUUUGGACAAUACCUGAAACAUCACCAGAAUAUGAAAUCAAACUUAAAGAAUGUCAUAAACGAGCAGCAGCUAGAAUAGCUCAAGGAUGUAUUGAAAAUGGUGGUUUAUAUGUUAAAAUGGGUCAAGGAAUGGUUAGUGCUGAUCAUAUUUUUCCAAAAGAAUAUACUGAUGGACUUCGACUAUUACAAGAUAGAGCUUUACGAAGACAACGAAAUGAGGUUAGUCAGUUAAUCGAUGAAGAAUUUGGCUGUCAAGUAUCUGAUUUAUUUUCUUAUCUUUCUCCUGAACCUAUUGCUGCAGCUUCUCUUGCUGAGGUUUAUGAAGGUCAUCUUAAAUCAACUAAUGAACGUGUUGCUGUUAAAUUACAAUAUAUUGAUUUACAAGAUCGUUUUGCCGGUGAUAUAUUAACUAUUCGUAUGAUAUUAUAUGCAAUUGGUAAAAUCUUUCCUAAAUUUGAAUUUGGUUGGAUAAUUGAUUCAGUAAAAAGUAAUUUAGAACGUGAACUUGAUUUUAAAUUAGAAGGUGAAAAUGCUGAUCAAUGUUAUGCUCAAUUAUCACCAUAUUUAAAAUAUAUUUAUGUUCCAAAAGUUUUUUGGGAAUAUACGACAAAACGAGUACUUGUUAUGGAAUAUAUUGAUGGUAUUAAAGUUUCAGAUACAGAAAAACUUCGACAAACAAAUUUAUCAUUAAAAGAAAUUGAUACGAAACUUGUUCAAGCUAUGGCUUUUCAAAUAUUUCAUUCCGGUUUUGUACAUGCUGAUCCUCAUCCAGGGAAUGUUUAUGUCAGAAAAGAUCCAAAAACACCAACGAAAUCAAACGUUCAAAUUGUUUUACUUGAUCAUGGUUUAUAUGUAACAAUUAAUCCAAAAGACCGAGAAGCUUUAUGUCAAUUAUGGAAAUCAAUUAUAUUGAAGGAUGAAGAUAAAAUGAAACACUAUUCACUAGCACUUGGUGUACAAGAGAAAGAUUAUUUAACAUUUGCUACUGUUCUAACUAUGCAUCCAAUUCAUCGACCUAUACAUGAAUUGGCAAUAUUACCUGAAGUAUGGGAUCGAAUGUCAUCUGAUGAACAAAAAGCAGCACAUGCACAAGGAAAAAUUCGUCUUCCUACUGAAAAAGAAUUUUUAAAUAUGAGUCCACAAAAAAAAUUGGCGAUACGUAAAGAUUUUACAUUUAUUUUCAAUGAUAUUCAAGAUAGUGUCUUACGAACUCUUCAUGAUAUGCCUCGACCAUUAUUAAUGAUAUUAAGUGUAUCAUUCCGACAGAAAAUAACUAAAGAGGAAAUGGAUCGAAUACGAUUAAAAGCUCGAGAAACAAUGGAUGAAGUUAUUUAUGUAUUCAAGCAAUUACCGGACAAGCUUAUUCUUGUUCUCAGGAAUUUAAAUCAAAUACGAUCAACAAUUCGGGAUCAUGGAAAUCUAAUUGAUCGACAUACUAUUAUGGCUCGAAGUGCUAUUUUGGGUGCUCGAAAAUAUGAAAAACCACAAAGAUUUUUCAAAGAUCGUUUUUAUGCACGAUUAGAAUUAUUUAUUUUUGAUCUGAUACUUUUCAAAGAUCGAACAGAACGAUGGUUUAAAUAUAGAUUCUUGAAAAUAUUAGUGUUCUUUGGGUAUAUUUCAAAAGAAAUUGAACAUAUGGUUGAAGCAUUUCAAUAA